GAACUUAUAAUUCUCAAGCUGAUAAGCAGCGAGAGAGAACAAGAGAGAGAGAGAGAGACAGAGAGAGGAAAGCGCGUCAGCUGUUCAAUGUUUUGGCGCACAGGUUUUGCGGUACUCGCAGCUUCGUUCUUCGAUCAGUUCCGUUUGUGGACUGAAACCGCUCGUUCUGCGCUGCCUUCUGCAAGUCCCAUUAUCCGCCCUCCGAUCCGCGUGCGUUUUUCGUUCUAACAGUUGCGUUUCCUCUACUGACGUCUCGCUCUGACGUAGAUACCCCACACCACCACCACCUCCCACUUUUGCGCGCGUGUGUGUACGCGAUUAUUGUUAUUAUUGUGCUUUGUGACGCAUAUAACGGCAAAAGCGGGGCGUGUGUGCCAUUAGAGAAGCUUCAAACCGCUCCGUAAAAAAAGCGCCAAUCGGGCAGGUGUCGUUGAAGUAAACAAAUCAAAGAUUUCCCAUAAAUGAAGCUCUUUAGUUAGCAAUUUAAUUAAGAUACCAGAUCUCGGGAGUGUUAUUAAAUGCGCUAAACACGAAAUACCAAUCUCAAUAGCUAACAUCUCAUUUGAACCGCGAUACCAUUUACAGAGCGAUGGAAAAUACCCAACAAUUCAAAAGAAUGGCCAGCAUUUAACUACCACAGCUACGGCAGAGACAUUAAAAAACCAUUAAAUGUGCCCCUUGUCGCCAUCGAAAUAAAUGUUUCCAGCUCAAGAGUGAAAUAUUUGCAUAGACAUCUCCACGGCGGCACCUGGUGAAAAUGAUGCUGAAUAAAUACGAGGGAUAUCAACGCACAAGCCAAAUGUUUCCCCACCACCAGCAGCAGCAUCAGCUGCACCAGCUGCCCCAAUUGCAGCAGCCGCAACAGCAGCAACAUCAGCAACAGUUGCCCCAGAGCUUUCCGCACUUGCAGUAUGGAUCUGCAGCAGGAGGAGGAUCUGCCGAAUCCACUGCAGCGGAACGGGAAUCAAUCCACUCUGGCCAGUUCAUGGUCUCACACUUCGAGGCCGAGGAGGCGCAGGACGACCUCGAGGACGAUAGCGAAGUGAAGAUGCUCGAUCCCGAGGAUCCCGAUCUUAGCAAGCCGGGCGAGCCGGCCAACACAUGUCGCGAUGUGCAGCUCUAUGUGCCCCAGACGGUUUCCAACUUCAGUCCAAUGGACCAGGAGGGCGACGAGAACAGCAUGAGCAUGGUCACCUCCCAUUUGGAGAUCGAGACCUCCCUCACCAAGCUCUUCAAGUGCAUGAAUCUGGCCUACAGUCAAAAACUCACCUCGCCCAAAUGGAAUCAUUUCAAAGGAGUUCGACUACGUUGGAAAGACAAAAUUCGUCUUAACAAUGUCAUCUGGCGCUGCUGGCAUAUGCAAUUCAUUCAAAAGCGCAGAACCCCGGUGUGUCAAUUCGCAUCGCCGCUGGACGUUGACAUACAUAGUAAUCCUCAAACUGUUGUUCUUGAAGGCAAGUACUGGAAACGUCAUUCAGCCGUAAUCAAAGCUGAAUACAGAAAAUGGCGCAGAAACUAUAGAUCAAAGGCUACGGGCUGCUUAACGUACGAUUCGAAAAGCGAGUUGGACUUUUUGGAAUGGUCGCCGCUAAACGAUAGGAACUUGAUGCCAGACGAUUGGACAACGGACACCUUGUUCUCGGCCAUAAAUGUUCCAUUUCCUUUUCCUGAUUCCCGGGAAAUUGCACGCGGCGCUGGCAUCGCUGACUUCAUACAGCCCAGUCUGGGGCCCCUGCAACCGAAUUUAGAUGACAUCGACAUUAGCUUCUCAGACCUAAUCCCCAGCACACGCUUGCCACCAGUUCCGGAAGAGGGAACCGAUGCUGAAAUGCUCAAGAACGACGAAUACUGCCUGUCGGCGAUUGUGGGCGCUCCGCACACCCUCUACUGCAAUGACAGCAUAAUGGAUGUGGUCAACAGCAGCAACAGUGGUGCCGCAAAUGUGGACGCCAGCAUGCUGGAGCUCAACACGCCCAUUAAUACAAUGUCCUACGGCGAGGUGGAGCAACGAUUCUCCGUGGCGCGACAAGUGCAACAGCAAUCCGCCAACGAUUCUCAGCUUCUCGGUGAUCCGAACUCCAUGUCCGCCCGAAUGCAUGGCGGCAAGCACUUUGGCUCUGUCGGUGGCGCCAGCGACAACAGCAGCAGCAAUAGGUGCGUGAUCAAUGGCCGUGUGGCCAAGAGCACGCAGCGUCCAUUCCGGCGGGAGCCGCACAACUACGACAAGGCUCAGCCCACGCUGCACCAGACGAACCUCUACCAGCAGAUGUUGGCCGAACAGCAAAAGAACCAACAGCAUGUCGUCGGCGGCGUUGUGUUGCAGGCUGCCUUUCAGACACCGCAGCAGCAACAGCAGCAGCAACAGCAGCAGCAGCAACAGCUCACGCAACAGCAACACUUUCCGACGCAGCAGACAAACGCCUUCAAUAACCAGAGUUUCAUGAGCAGCUACACGGACAACUAUCAGCAGCAGCAGCAGCAGCAUCAACUGAAUGUCAAGGUGGAACCGCUGCAUGCCGAUGUCUUGUCAUUGCUGAACGAUGGCGGUUACAACUCCAUUGGCUACAAGCCCUAUCCGCAGUUCAAGAAGUCCGCCUCGACGGGAACCUUUCUCAAUGUGCCCCGACUGCCGCAGCAGCAGCAGCAGCAGCAACAACAGGGCUACCUGCAGCAGGAGCCACUGCAGUUGCAACAGUCGCUGCCCUUGGGACUGAGUACUCAGCAACUUUUGCAGCUUUCACGCCAGCAGCAGGCUACCAACACGCAGCAAUCCACCGUGGCUAGUUUGCUGCAGCAACAUCAGCAACAGCAGCAACAGCAGCAGCAGCAACAACAACAGCAGCAGCAGCAGCAACAACAACUGCAGACUGCUGUAAGCACAGCCACUUGGGUGUCGCCAAAUACCAUAUUGCCAAAAGAAAUCCAUCGCUCCAACAGCUUGCCCCUGAAUGUAUCGCUGAAUAAGCUGCCCGAUGGCCGGCAGCACGUCCAUGAGCAACCCUUUGCAGUGCCCAAGUACCAUGCGAAGGGCAAGUCGCGGGUGCGCAGCAAUUCGAUGCACCAGCAGCACACGUCGGUGGUGGCAGCAGCCGGCGCUGGAAGUUCUCCAUUGAGCGCGCACAGCUGCAGCAAUCUGCUGGUCACGCAGCAAAUGCAGCAGGCCACCAGCGAUCCUAUGCUAAAUAGCACACUGGCUCAGUUGCUCACUUCGAAUUCACGCCUGCAGACAGCCGUGGCGAACAGCUCGCCAGCGAACUCAUCUUCCGCCAGUGCCAUAGUCAGCAGCAACACCAGCAACAGCAACAACAGCAACAACAACAACAACAGCAGCAAUGUUUCGCCGGCCCUGUAUGCCAAUGUCACAACGCCGCUGUCGGUGCCAGCGGUGGCAGCGCAACAACAACACUCACCAAAGAAGUCCGCCUCAUUGCCCAUGGCCAUCAAUCCGGCGAUGCACAGUCCGCCCGGAGGAGGAGGAGGAGGCAAAAUGCACAGCUUUGGCCCGACAACGGCCAACCUGGGCAGCAGCAGUUUGAGCCUGUCGCCGGACUCGCCGUUCCACGAGUCGCAGGACUCGCCACUGUCGCCCACGGCCAGCCUUAAGUAUCAGCCGAGGGAUACACAGCGACGGGCUGGCCACAUCCACGCCGAGCAGAAGCGGCGGUACAACAUCAAGAACGGGUUCGACACCCUGCACGCGCUCAUCCCACAGCUGCAGCAGAAUCCCAACGCCAAGCUGAGCAAGGCGGCCAUGCUGCAGAAGGGAGCGGACCACAUAAAGCAACUGCGGCAGGAGCGCAACGUGCUCAAGGACAAGAUUGAGGCGCUGCGGAUGGAGCGGGACGAGCUAAACAACUCGCUGACGCACCUUCACUCCAUUCUGCCUGCAAAUGGGGCGCCUGUAACGAGGCAGGGCACGGAGCACGUUCGCCAGCUGUACGAGAUCUUUGUGCGGUACAACACGAUGAACGACUGGAAGUUUUGGAUUUUGGGUCUCAUUCUGGAGCCUCUGCUUGCCUCUUACACGUCCACAGUGUCGAGCGCCAGUCUGGAUGAGCUGCGUCGCACGGCCUUCCUUUGGGUGGAUCAGCAUUGUUCCCUUAUUGACCUGCGUCCCGCUGUUACGAAUAAAUUAAAGUACCUAUCGAUGCAUACGGAUAUUGUGUCAGAUCCGCCCAGCACUUUGCAGGAGGAGGUGAUCAAGGCCCUUCAGAACUCAAGUGGCCAGCACCCCAAUUUACAUGGCCCCUAACCGUUGAUGCUGUUGCCCGUGAUAUGAAUUUAUUUAAUUCAAUCUUUAUUUUAACAAAUAACUUCAACCAAUUGUGCAGCACUAAUUGUACAAAAUGCAAAAUGAAGGCAGAUUUUUAUACUAUACUAUAGAUUGGCAGCCGGCAAUGGAUAGUUACGCAGAGCAGCAAUUAGUGCCUACAAUCUUUGACUUAAGCGUAAAAUAAACUAACGAUUUUACAAGUU